GCAUCUCGCAACGCGUUGGCUGGCUAUUCCCCUCCCCUUUUACCACCACCACCUUCCCCUUCGGCCUUCUCCUUCUCCUCCUCCUUCCUCCUCCUUGCAGCGGCCGGGUCAGGGGGUUGAUUCGAUUUCGAUUCCGAUUUCGCGUCUCCCCAGAUUUCCCCUUCCAUUCCGCCUCCCGAUCGCUCAGACAGCCACCGCAAUCCGCUCUCCGAGGCCAACGUGCGCGCUUCGCUCGCUCGCGGGUCGCGGCACCACUCCGCCUCGCCCUUUCUCUUAUUAAUUCGCCUCCAACUCCGCGGUUCAAAACCUCCUCGGCUUCUUCCUCCACCACCACCACCACCACCACCACUCCGCGCCGCCGACGCCGCCGCCGUCGCCGUAGACGCGGUAUACCGGUGAUUCCUUGCCUGCAUUUUUGAUUUGCUGCUUUUGGGUUGGGGGAGGAGGGUUUGUUUGUUUAUUUGUUUGUUUGAUCGGUGUGGGGGGAUCGGAGGAAGGGGCAGGAGAGGGAGGGGGGCAAAAUGUGGGUGGCGGAGCGGGUGGUGGGGGAGCGGCGGAUGCGGGAGAUCCAGCGGUUCGCGAGGAACGCGAAGCUCACCGUAGUGUGCCUGCUGCUCACCGUCGUCGUGCUCCGCGGCACCGUCGGGGCGGGCAAGUUCGGCACGCCGCAGCAGGACCUCAUCGAGCUCCGCCACCGCUUCAUCUCGCACCCGCACCGCGCGCUGGCGGAGCACCACGACGCGCUGUCGAGGGGCGGCGGCUCGUCGUCCUCCUCCGGGCGCGCGGCCCAGCGGGACGACGAGCCGGACCCGCCGCCGAGGACGCUCCGGGACCCGCCCUACACGCUGGGCCCCAAGAUCUCCGACUGGGACGAGCAGCGGGCCGCGUGGCACCGCCGCCACCCGGAGACGCCGCCCUUCGUCAACGACGUCAAGCCGCGGGUGCUGCUCGUCACGGGCUCCUCGCCCAAGCCGUGCGAGAACCCCGUCGGCGACCACUACCUCCUCAAGUCCAUCAAGAACAAGAUGGACUACUGCCGCGUCCACGGCCUCGAGAUCUUCUACAACAUGGCGCUGCUCGACGCCGAGAUGGCCGGAUUCUGGGCCAAGCUCCCGCUCCUCCGCGCGCUGCUCCUCGCGCACCCGGAGAUCGAGUUCCUCUGGUGGAUGGACUCCGACGCCAUGUUCUCCGACAUGGCAUUCGAGCUGCCAUGGGAGCGGUACGGCCCCUACAACCUCAUCAUGCACGGCUGGGAUGAGAUGGUCUACGACGACAAGAACUGGAUUGGCCUCAACACAGGCAGCUUCUUGCUGCGCAACUGCCAAUGGUCGCUUGAUUUCCUUGAUACAUGGGCACCAAUGGGACCAAAGGGCCCUGUCCGUAUUGAGGCCGGGAAGGUUUUGACCAAGUACUUGAAGGAUCGGCCGGUGUUUGAGGCUGAUGAUCAGUCGGCCAUGGUAUACAUCCUUGCUACAGAGCGUGAGAAAUGGGGUGACAAGGUGUACCUUGAGAAUGGGUAUUACCUCCAUGGAUAUUGGGGUAUCUUGGUUGAUAGGUAUGAGGAAAUGCUUGAGAAUUACCAUCCAGGACUUGGUGAUCACCGGUGGCCACUGGUCACUCACUUUGUCGGAUGCAAGCCGUGUGGGAAGUUUGGGGAUUACCCUGUGGAGAGGUGCCUCAAGCAGAUGGAGCGUGCUUUCAAUUUUGGGGAUAAUCAGAUCUUGCAAAUGUAUGGGUUUACACACAAGUCGCUUGGCAGCAGGAAGGUGAAGAGGAUCAGGAAUGAGACUAGCAACCCACUUGAUGUCAAGGAUGAACUAGGGUUGCUCCACCCAGCAUUCAAGGCCAUGAAGACUACUUCUACGUGAUAAGUGAUAAUUAGAGUACAAUGCCACGCGUUAUUUCGUUCAUUGUAGAUCCUUUUGGGUCUAAAAUCUUAAAAAGGUGUUCUUUUUGUAGACUUGGGUUGACAAGGGAGUUUGGGUUGGGAUCAAACAUCAAAGGAUGGAUAUCUAUGUUGUAAUGUGAAAUUUUAGGAGAACAAUGGUAUGUUUAUUGCUGGCAUAAUUUAUGUCUUACACUUCUAGAAAUUGAGUUAGUGAAGGGAACUCUGUUAAUUGAUCACCACUAUAUAUUUCUAUAGAAUUUCAUAUUUCUUAUUCGAUGAAUAGUAUUCUUCCGGUGAUAUUCAAUGAA